GCUCAGCAAUGAUUAACUCCAUGAGUUGCCACCGACCCGGAAAUCCUUAUUAGUUGACAUGAUUUCCAGCUCUAGUUCUUGCCAUCUUGUUUUUAUAAUGUAGUUGCUUUCAAGGAGAAGGGACUUCACCACCAGACAAUACAAGAUACAAGAAAACAGAGGAAACAGAGGAUAUUGAAGAAGAAAGAAAGAAAGAAAGUGGAAGAUGAGGCUGUUUGAGAGGAAAGGGCCAUCCGGUUUUACAUCCUCUUCCACUGCUGAUGAAGUCACACUUGGGAUUGACGGCUCUGGUUUCACGGCCAUUGUCACAGGGGGAUCAAGUGGCAUUGGUGCUGAAACAGUCCGUGUUCUUGCUCUACGUGGUGUCAGUGUUGUAAUGGCGGUCAGAAAUAUGACUGCUGGCCAAGAGGUUAAAGAUGCAAUCGUUAAGGAAAUCCCUGCAGCCAAAGUUGAUGUCAUGGAGUUAGACCUUAGUUCACUUGCAUCUGUAAGAAAAUUUGCAGCAGGGUUUACUUCUUCUGGUCGUCCAUUGAACAUUUUAAUUAAUAAUGCAGGAGUCAUGGGAACUCCAUUUACGCUAUCCAAGGACAACAUAGAAUUACAUUUUGCCACAAACCACUUAGGUCAUUUUCUUCUGACUAAUCUGUUAUUGGACGCUAUGAAGAAAACAUAUCACGAAACUCAGAGAGAGGGAAGGAUUGUAAUUGUAUCAUCCGAUGGCCACCGGCAUACAUAUCGUGAAGGUGUUCGUUUUGAUAGGAUCAAUGAUCGAGAAGGGUACAACGGUUUUUUUGCAUACUUUCAAUCAAAGGUUGCCAACGUACUACAUGCUAAUGAGCUUGCAAGACGCUUAAAGGAGGAUGGGGUAGGGAUAACAGCGAACUCGGUUCAUCCCGGAGUAGUUGCAACCAGUAUCUUCCGUCAACUCGGCUUUUUUGAAGGUUUACUCAACUAUGUGGGCAAAUAUAUUAUGAAGAAUGUUCAACAAGUGUUUUCAAGUAUAAGCGGUAAACCAAUUCAUUUAACUAAAUUUACUCGUACCCGUUCAUAAAUAGGGUGCUUCAACAAGUUGCUAUGUAGCAUUGCAUCCACAAGUCCGGGGUAUAAGUGGUGAAUAUUUCAAGGACAACAGCCUAUCAAAACCAAGUUCAAAGGCCAUGGACGUGGAUCUAGCAAGGAGGCUUUGGGAUUUUAGCAUGGAUUUAGUGAAGGAAAAUGUAGAUGAUGGUUCUUGAUCUGGUAGGCUAAACAGAAGCAGAGGAUUUAUCAAGUUCAUAAAGUAAAUUUUGAUUUGGAAACUUUUGCACUUUCAAAGUUGGAUUUCUUUGGUUCAAAACUACGGUUGAGCAGUAUUGCAUAUUGAGCAACUGCUGCAAUGGACUAAAAACAACCUGUUGAAGUCCUGCUCUUGAUCUUAUAUGCUGGCAAAUCCCAACUGCUAUUUUGACCCUUAUAGGCCAUUUUAUGCCAUUGAUCUUAGCAUUUAUGGCCAGAAAGGAGGAGAUUAUGGAGGGUUCUGUUGAGAUGUACUUGUAGACUAAAAUUCUGCUAAGUAUUAAUUUCAUGGCGGAAGCCU